AUGAAGGCGGGAGUAGCAAUACUCCUCACUACGAUGCUGGGCUUCACGGAAACGGAUAAAGUUCUAGACCCGGAGGGACGACACAUCUUCCUGAAAGGCACAAUAGCAAACAGAACCUACACUCUGGCGUGCAUCUAUUCCCCCAAUCGGAACCAAUCGCAGUACAUUUGCAGAACCCUGACCGCCCUGGCUGACUUCACGGAGGGAACCCUCAUACUCGGAGGAGACCUCAAUACCCCCCUAUAUCCCACCUUGGAUACCUCCACAGGACGAAGUAGCAUCCCGCAGAGAGAAAUCCGAAGCAUCCUGAGGGCACUCAGACGCCUACGGCUGGUGGACUGCUGGAGAGCCCUACACCCCACGGUAAAAGACUACACACACUACUCAAGAGUUCACGCUAGAUACUCGAGGAUUGAUUAUAUAUUCCUACAGCACGAAAAGCUCACCUCACUACAAGGGACAAUCAUUGAAGAUGCCACGUGGUCUGAUCAUGGGGCGGUAACUAUGGAACUUGACUCCCCACUGACAAAACCGAGAGUGAUGACCUGGAGGCUAAACGAUACCCUGUAUGAGGAUAUAGAAAUCAGAAACAAAAUCACGGAAGCCUUGGACGACUACUUCUCAAACAACGAAAAUGAAGAGACCCCG